CCGAAAUCAGCCACCAUAUCUUCGUUUACCUGACAUUUGUUUAUCUUCCGAAUGAGAGUUUAGUUAUUCUCAAAGGAAAAGAUGGAGAAGGGAAUUUAUGUCUUGUGUUUUCUAUGUGUAUUUUUUACUUCACUACAAGUGGUUAUUUCAGACACAGGUUAUUUCUGGCAUAUAACCGACUUUCAUUAUGACUUUACUUAUCAUGGUCGACAACUAUCCUGCAAUAAGACGAAUGUACCAGACAACGUGGGUCAGUUUGGCGAUUUCUGGUGUGACUCACCAUGGUUACUUGUAAACAGCAGCGUUCGAGCAAUGGCUGACAUCAAAUAUGAUGUUGAUUUUGUCCUUUGGACGGGAGAUACAGUUUUACAUGGAAAGAAUGAAGAUCUUAGUUAUGACAUUAACGCCGGUAUUCUUGAAAACGUAACUGAAGUCAUCAAAACAACGUUACCAGGUGUACCCGUGUAUGCGACGUUUGGUAACCACGAUUACUUUCCUAAUAACCAAUUUCCACCUAACAACAAUCUGCUUUACAAUGAUACCCUUAACAGAUGGGGGUCAUGGCUUGAUGACCCUUCUCAGCACGAUAAUUUCAGAAAAGGGGCGUUCUAUACUAAAAAGACACGUUAUGGGCUCAGGAUAGUUGCUUUGAACACUAACUUGUACUACACAUCCAACAAGGCUAUACUCAAUUAUACAGACCCCGCCGACCAGAUAGCCUGGCUAAAUUCUACUCUUGCACAAGCUAGAACAAACAAGGAAAAGGUGUUGGUAACAGCUCAUAUUCCCCCAGGGGUACACACACCCAACGGUUUGAUUUGGAUGCAUUUGGUCUACCACGAACCUCUUGUCUCGGUUCUACGGGGCUUCACAGACAUUAUCGUCGCCAUGCACUUCGGACAUGAUCAUGCAGAUGGGUUUAAAAUUUUGAAAAAUGAUAAAGAUGGAUCAGCUGCUCCUAUUUUUAUUGCCCCGUCAGUCACUCCCUGGAGGUAUGUUAUUCCGUCACAUAUAGGUCCCGCACAUAAUCCGGGCAUCCGGCUAGUAAAGUACGACAGAUCAACAGGCAUCCAUCUUGAAAUUGAACAACAUUACCUAGACCUUUUAAAGGCAAACAAAAAUGGCGCCGCCAUGUGGGAGUUAGAAUACAAGACCAGUUCACACUACGGACUUGACAGACUCACUGCAGCUGACUUAUCUAAUCUUGCAGAGAAAAUGAAGGAAGCAUCGAGUAACGAGUUUAAGAAUUAUUGGAAGUUUAACAGAGUUACUCCCCCGGAAAAUCUUGCCGAGGCUUGCAAUGAGGAAUGUCACUCUUCUAUUAUUUGUGGCUUCACAGAAUUUGAUAUGGAUAAUUUCAAAUCAUGCAAAGCCAGUAUGGUUUCAACUGCAUCUACGCUUUCAAAUGCCGUUGUAUAUAUCUUAAUCAAACUUGUUGUUCUCUGUGUAUUGUUGAAUUAGUGCUUAAUUGGAAGCCACAUUUUUGAAAUCAGGAACCUUGCUUCAUGACAUUGUAUAGUUUAUAGAAUCUGAAUACCUGGCA